GCCAAACCGCAGCGGCCGGUGACGCGCGCGCCCGCCCCUCCCCCGGCCUCUCCCGUGGGUGGCGCUCGCUAGUGACGUAUGGAUGUGAUGGCCGCCGCGAGGCCGGGAAGGUGAAGGUGGAGUCAACACAAUCACUAGCCAACCACAACCUGAAACAGCACAAGAGGAGAAAUCAACUUCUUUCCAUCUUUUUGACUACAGCUAUGUCCACGAUGCCCACCCUGUGAAGGUGUCUUACCAUCCAAAAACGCGAUGUCCCUGCUCUUCUCGCGGUGCAACUCCAUCGUCACGGUCAAGAAAGACAAGAGACACAUGGCUGAGGUGAAUGCGUCCCCACUCAAGCACUUUGUCACUGCCAAGAAGAAGAUCAAUGGCAUCUUUGAGCAGCUGGGAGCCUACAUCCAGGAGAGUGCCACCUUCCUCGAAGAUACCUACAGGAAUGCAGAACUGGAUCCGGUGACCACAGAGGAGCAGGUGCUGGACGUCAAAGGCUACCUGUCCAAAGUGAGGGGCAUCAGUGAGGUGCUGGCCCGGCGGCACAUGAAAGUGGCUUUCUUUGGUCGGGUUUACUGCCUGGAAAUGCGUGAAGAGCGGCAAGAGCGGCUGAGGUUUAUCGACAAGCAGCUGGAACUCUUGGCUCAGGACUAUAAACUUCGAAUUAAGCAGAUAACAGAGGAAGUGGAAAGGCAGGUGUCCACAGCGAUGGCCGAGGAGAUCAGGCGCCUCUCUGUGCUGGUGGACGAGUACCAAAUGGAUUUUCACCCUUCUCCCGUGGUUCUCAAGGUUUACAAGAAUGAACUGCACCGCCACAUAGAGGAGGGACUGGGCCGAAACAUGUCUGACCGCUGCUCCACAGCCAUCACCAGCUCCCUGCAGAGCAUGCAGCAGGACAUGAUAGAUGGCUUGAAGCCCCUCCUUCCUGUGUCUGUGCGGAAUCAGAUAGACAUGCUGGUCCCUCGUCAGUGCUUCUCCCUCAGCUACGACCUGAAUUGUGACAAGCUGUGUGCUGACUUUCAGGAGGACAUCGAGUUCCACUUCUCUCUGGGAUGGACCAUGUUGGUGAAUAGGUUCCUAGGCCCCAAGAACAGCCGUCGGGCCUUGAUGGGCUACAAUGACCAGGUUCAACGUCCUGUACCCCUGACACCUGCCAACCCCAGCAUGCCCCCACUGCCACAGGGCUCGCUCACUCAGGAGGAACUCAUGGUCUCCAUGGUUACCGGCUUGGCCUCUCUCACAUCCAGGACCUCCAUGGGCAUCCUGGUGGUUGGAGGAGUGGUGUGGAAGGCAGUGGGCUGGCGGCUCAUCGCCCUCUCCUUUGGGCUCUAUGGCCUCCUCUAUGUCUAUGAGCGUCUGACCUGGACCACCAAGGCCAAGGAGAGGGCCUUCAAGCGCCAGUUCGUCGAGUAUGCCAGUGAGAAGCUGCAGCUCAUUAUCAGCUACACCGGCUCCAACUGCAGCCACCAAGUCCAGCAGGAACUGUCUGGGACGUUUGCACAUCUGUGCCAGCAAGUGGAUGUCACUCGGGAAAACCUGGAGCAGGAGAUUGCUGCCAUGAACAAGAAAAUUGAGGUUCUUGAUUCACUUCAGAGCAAGGCAAAAUUGCUCAGGAAUAAAGCUGGCUGGUUGGACAGCGAACUCAACAUGUUCACACACCAGUACCUACAGCCCAGCAGAUAGUGGGCAGCGGGGGGCGGGGCCACCCACCCUCAGAGCUUACGGCCCCCAGGGCAUGCGCCUCAGUCCCCGGCCACCACUGAAGAGGAAGAAAACACCCACUGUCUCUUGCCAUUUUGAGCCCUUCACCAGUUAUCCCGGCCCCUGGCCUGCUAUUGCAGGAAGAAACUCUGUCUCCCACCCCAAAGGAAAUAUAUAUCAACACGCGGAGAGCAUGGUACCAAGGAGUUGUGGCAAGGCCCUUCUCUGCUUUCAUUGAAGAUAAGGGAUCUCAGAUGUCAGCUCUGCCCUUCAUGGUAUCAGGCAGACACCCCACCUUCUCCACCCAUACAUACCUGCCCUCCUUAUACCCCAGGGCACCGUACUACGAUGGAGUGACUGGAUUUUCUUCCCGGAAGCAUCUAACCUAGUUCCAGGAAGGCCUGGGCUCACCUGGCAGGACUGUGGCUUGUGUUGUGUGGCCUGCAGCUUCAGCACUCUGUCCUGCUGUGGACAGAGUUAAUGGUUUGGUAGCCAGGCUUCGCAUGGAGCCCUGAGGCAGCCCUGUGCAUGAGGGGUGGGAUGCCUCACAGCCAGCCAGAGUAGUGGGAGGAGCUCAGGAGAGGGGGCGUGGUUGGUGGGCGUGGUUGGGAGAAGGUGGUGCUGUCAGAGCUGGGGGAGGGGGUCAUCCUGAGGAGGCCUUGCCGGCUCCCUCCCUCUCGUUUCAGUCCUUGGCCUGCAUAGUUCUGUGUUAUUACUGGUGAGGACUGCUUUGGGUCAAGUGGCAAAAGUAUGUAGUAGAAGGGACGGUGAAAGAUGGAGACUUGGCAUCAGGCUGGGGCAGGGGUCCCCACCCAGCAUGGCUGGAGAAUGUGGUUGGUACAGAAUAGGGUCUCCACCUGACUUGCUCUGAGGGGAUCAUGGGCCUGAGAGCCCCCACCCCACCAGCUAGAUUGCAUCCCCACCUUACCUCAAGCUACUCUUGGCCACCGGUUCUCUGGACCGUUCCCUGUGCUGGUGACUGCAGUGAUCACCAUACAGCCUGAGGAACCCAGCUUCCGUCCUCCCGCUCACCUGCCUUUCAGCUUCGCCAGUUCCCAGAGCUUCUCCUGAUAUAUCAGGCCUCGUGUUGACAUUGAGAAAUGUUCCCUGCUGUUGAGUUUUGGGAUUGCCACUGGUCGGAGUGGGAAAGUUCUGGUCGUCGUCAGUGUUCAUGUCCCAGAAAGAUGAGCUUUUGGAGAAAAGGUCAGAGCAGAGAGAGAGUGCUGAGACCAGAGCCCCAGGGCGCGGCUGUCCCAAGUGUGGGAGGUGGGGGGUGGUCCAGCGAAGGGCGUGUCCUGGAGCACGUCAGGAGAAUCAGUGUCACACAAUCCCAAAGAAUUCAUGUUCUUUUUAAAAAACAAAAUGAUUUAGAAUAAAAAUGGAUUUGUUUUCAGUGUAGCCCCUUGGGAAUGAGUGAAAUUUUGAGUUUCUUAUACAAUAAGAGACAUUAAAUUUGUACCACCAAGGGAGAGACCGUUUCUGAGAGAAGCGAGUGGCUCAGGGCACUUUGAUUUCUGACUGCUGACCUUGCUGUUUUCAUGUUCACUUCCUGGAGCGCAAGACAUGUUUGACGUGAGUUUCCCUUUGACCUAUGUAAGGUGAUCUAUGUGUCUGAAUUACUCCUGUACCAUUGCUGAUAAUAUUGGAAAGAAAUAAAACCCAGUUGGAACCCUG